AUGGUCGAGAUCCGCGCGCUCCGCUUCUUCGUCGACUACAAUCAAGACGAGAGCUAUACCCCCACACAUAUCCUGUGGUUUGCCGGCACCGGGGAGCAUAACCUCAUCCAGUUCGCCGAGUCAACCCUCACCAACCCAAGCGGGUGGCAGGACGUACAAGUUGAAGGCAGUGGCGGCGGCAGCGACGGCAACUCGCUAUGUGCGUUUGUAGUGCAGAUGCAGGUCAAAGAAAAUCACCAAAACGGAAAGGACACCCACAUACGCGGGAUCAAGGUGUACGGGUUUGACGAGCGAGCAGAUCCCGGUGAAAUCAAUGCCGUUCAUGAAAUGUCGGUCGAUAUCGACGCAGCGACUGAUCGGGCUACCACUCUGCGUCUCGAAGACGACGACGACGAGGAGGCCCUCUUCCAUCAUCGCGUGGAGUCCAUUGGGAGAAGCCAGAAUGCGCCGCGAUACAAGCCUGGUGAAGGCGGCCUAAGCGUCCCCGACUUCAUGCAGGAUCCGAUCAUUCGAUGA